AUGUCGCGCCCAGGUUACCAAAGAGCAUCUUCAACGAACAUUCAGUCAGGCGGCGCUCCACGACCGCUCGAAGGCAAAUUAGCAAUUGUCACGGGAGCAUCCCGAGGCAUUGGAGCAGCGAUUGCACGAAAUCUUGCAGCUAAAGGCGCAUCAUGUAUUCUAGGCUACACGUCCGACAAGUCCACUGAGGUCACUGAACAGCUGGCAAAGGAAUUACAGGACAAAAAUAGCGUCUCAACAUUGAUCAUCCAGGCUGACAUGGGAAAUCCAAAUGGACCUGCACAUAUCAUCAACACGGCGAAGAAUCAUUUCUCGCACCCAAGAAGCGGGAAGUUUCAAAUCGAUAUCAUCAUCAACAAUGCUGCUGUGUCCCUGAACCUACCGUUAGAGGAGGUCACAAUAGACAACUACAAUUGGCAGUACACUGUCAACGUGCUGGGACCUAUAUUGCUAAUGCAAGCCGCGCUGCCGUAUUUGCCUCAUGAUCGAUCGGGGCGUGUGAUCAAUCUCUCAUCCGUCUCAUCCAGCUUGGGAUUGAUUGGCCAAACAGUGUAUGGUGGAACGAAGGCAGCGAUAGACUCAAUGACGAGAACUUGGGCGCGAGAGCUAGCGGAACGUUGCACAGUCAAUGCGGUAAACCCAGGUCCAGUUGCGACAGACAUGUAUGGAGAGACCAGCGGAGACUUCCAGCUGCAAAUGAAAAAUCACAUCAAAUCAGCGCCGCUGAUGAAGGAGAGGAAGGGCGUCGAUCCCGACCAGUAUGUCGCGGAUGCGGAGAAGGUUGGAGGAAGGCCUGGGUAUGAUUAUGAGAUCGCAGGUGUCGUCGGUAUGCUCUGCUCGGAGGAUGGUGCGUGGUGCACAGGGUCUGUAGUAUGUGCCAACGGAGGAUUGAAGUUCAGUACCUAG